UCCAGUCAGACCUGUUGGAUGAACUCCGAGGGAACCGCCUCCUGCCUCCUGCCUCCUGCGUCUGCGGCACUGAAAGUGUCUGGCUGGGCUCUGGCACCAACAGAUCCGACCGGAGAGGCAUCAUGGAGGCAGGAGCAGCUGUGCUCUUGCUGGUGGCCCUGCUGGGGACCAGUUCAGCGAGCAGCUUUUAUGGAGACAGCAUCAGCCUGGCGCCGCUGCAGCAGAACGCAGAUGGGACGUACAAGGUGACUUUCUACCACCGACAAAACGGCAGAACCAGCUGUCAGAACCAGUCGGCUCUGCUCUGUGAUGGUGGGGUGUGUUCGGACCUGGACCGGUCGGCUGCGGUCCAAACAGACCAGGAUUCUUUGGGCAGAUGGUGCCAGGUUGAAGAACGCACAACAGCAACGUUCCAGCCCAAUGGGACAAGUUUCAUUCUGAGAGGCUCCGGCUGCUGCUGGGACAAUAAUCUGGAGCACAAAUCCAACUGGGAGAGCCACGCAGAGCUGGACCUGGGAGUCAGAUCAGACUCCUACCGCAUCAACAACUGUCCCGUCACCGCAACCGUGGCUUCCUUACGGGUUUCUCAGAACUGCUUCACCCAUCUUCGCCUUCUGGCUCAUGAUCCAGAUGAAGACGUGGUGAGAUGCCGCUUCGCUUCCGGCGCCCCAGCAAACUUCACUCUGGACGAGAGUACCUGUACGCUGAGAGGCUCAGGUGAGCUCCAACUUGGCCAACACGUGUUUGAACUGACGGUGGAGGAUUUCUCCACCAAAAACGUGACGCUGACGUACGCAGACGGAAGUACGGCGACCCGGGAGGCCUCCAGCACCAGCCUGCCUCCGCUCUGCAGGCUGAAGCUGCAGUUCGUGGUGGACGUCCUUUCUCCGACAUCGAGCUGCGUGGCCGGUGACCUUCUGCCCAUGUUCCUGUCCCGGACGCCGUCGCAUGGAGACGUUCUCCACGCCAGCGUGGGUCAGACGCUGCAGCUCUACGCCGAGGCCCAGGCUCAAAACGCGCAGAUCCAGGGCUUCCAGGUCAGCGGCCCCCAAAACGUGACCAAGGAGUUCAGAAGCGGGUCGGACGGGAAAGCAGAGGUCACUCUGCGCUGGACCCCGAAGGAAAGCGACGCCAACAAACUCGUCCCGAUUUGUUUCGCUGCAGACACGGCGAUAACCCAAUCAGAGAUGAGAUGUGUCGUUGUCACGGUGACCCAUACUGGCGCCCUGCAAGGCAGAGCCUCUGUUACCUGCUUGCCCAACAAGAUGACGGUGGCCUUGGAGAAAGCCUCCAUGCCAGACAUCAGUGAGGAGUUUCUGUCACUCAGAGACCCGUCGUGCACGCUCACCACCAACGGCACCCACAUCGUGGGAACCAUGUCCUUCAGCACCUGUGGCACAAAGCUGGAGGACAAAGGAGACUACAUCGUCUUUAAGAACGAGAUCCACUCCAUCGUGCGGUCCAACGAGAUCAUCAUCCGGAGGAACAAUGUCAAGAUCGACUUCUACUGCGAGUUUCCCAAAACCAUCAGCGUCUCCAACUUCUACAACCUCCACCAGGCCGACUACAUCUUCACCGAGUCCAGCUUUGGCAGCUUCGGCUACAGCUUCGAGAUAUACCAGGACGGCAACUUCACCAGCAGGGUGUCGCCCGACGCCUACCCGGUGCAGGUCAAGAUGAUGGAGAUGAUUUACAUGGGCAUCCAGGCUGUGUCGGAGCUGCCAAACGUCACCUUGUUUGUCGAGUCGUGCAAAGGAACUCCAGACAACAACCCUGACAACCCCAUGUACUACGACCUCAUCAAGAACGGGUGUGUCAAAGACGAGACGGUUAAGAUCCACCCGUCAAACCAGACGAACUUCAACUUUGAGAUCCAAGCCUUUAAAUUCAACGGAAAUUAUGACCAGGUUUACAUCAUCUGCAACGUCAUCCUGUGCGAGCCUGGGAAUCCCUUUUCCCGAUGUGCGCAGGGAUGUCUGAGCGAGCCGUCCCGCCGUCGCAGACGAGGGCUGAGCAUGGAGACCACCGGGCACUACAUUACCCAGGGUCCUCUGCAAGUGGUUGGGCCAGCUGGUCCCAGUUCUCCAGCGGAGCACAAGAAGAUAAAUGCAGCUCCGAAAAGUGACACGGCUCCUGAAGGGAAUUUUCCAGGAGUUGUUCCAGAACCCAGAUCGGACGGAGAAACCUGGAGGUUCAGGGAGGUGUUUGCCUCCAACAUCACCACGGUGGUGUUCGGCAGCGGCUUCGUCCUGUCGCUGGUUCUGCUGGCCGUGGUGGUCCGCUACUUCAGCAGGAGGAGGAGAGCUGAAGACCAGAGCUUUCUCAUUGAAGACGAGUUUGAGAAAUAAACGGCUCCCUGAGAGCCUCUGGAAAACAGAUGAAUUAAAGGAGACAAGCUAAACCAUCUUUUUUACCCAACCAAGGUCUGAGAUCAGGUUUGAUCAGAAUCAGAACUCAGUUCUUUUCUUUUUUCACCUGGUUUUACAGAAAACAGUGAAAA